GCUCUCUAGAGCACAAAACCAAAAAGGAUCAAGAAGAAGAAGUAUACAUGUGCGUAGGAGUGUGUAGUCAGCAUAAGGAAGCAUUUUGUCGCUAUAAUCCAAACUAGCCUAAAGCCCCAAAGUGAGUGCAGUGCAUAAACAUGGCGGAUCCAUUGAGUUUGCUCCGACAAUAUAAUGUCAAUAAAAAAGAGAUAAUUGAACGAGAAAAUCAAAUAAUUUUUGGUGAAUUUUCAUGGCCGAAGAAUGUAAAGACCAACUAUUUGACAUAUGGAUCUGGAAAGGAGGGUACACCGAAAGAAUAUUAUACCCUUGAGUGCCUAUUAUUUCUGCUAAAACAUGUCCAGCUUACACAUCCAGUAUAUGUUCGGCAAGCAGCUGCUGAAAACAUUCCUGUGGUACGGAGACCCGACAGGAAAGAUCUGUUGGCUUAUCUCAAUGGAGAAACAGCCACAUCAGCCGCCAUAGAUAAAUCAGCACCUCUUGAAAUUCCCACUCAAGUGAAACGUACAGCAGAGGAUGGGCUGGAAAGUGGAUCUUCAAAGAAACCUCGCUUUGAGGAAACACACGUGCAAAAAGUUAAAGAACAGCUUGCAGCUAGAUUGGAUGCUCCAAAGGAAGCCUCUGUCACUGUGGAUAAUAUUAAGUCUCUUUCUGAAGCUAUGUCAGUCGAAAAAAUUGCUGCUAUAAAGGCAAAGCGAUUAGCGAAAAAACGUACAACAAUCAAAGAGAAUGAUGACAUUGGCAUGGGAUCUGAUCUACGUGUUAUCCUGGACAUGGACGUUGACGACACAAAGGACAUUGUCUCCAGGGAAAGACAGUGGAGAACAAGAGCAACUAUUCUUCAAAGCAGUGGAAAGGUUUUUGCAAAGAAUAUUUUUGCAAUAUUACAAAGUAUAAAGGCCCGGGAAGAGGGACGACAGAAAGGGCCUGUGGCUCCAACACCAAUGGUUACACCCAGAUCAACACCAAUGAGGCCUUUACCACAACCCUCUGUAUACAAUCGAUACGAUCAGGAAAGAUUCAAUCGACAAAAGGAAGAAACAGAAGGAUUCAAGAUUGACACCAUGGGUACUUAUCACGGUAUGACCUUAAAAUCCGUGACAGAGGGCACCAAUCCAGCCGUACGAAAACCGCCAAGCAAUCCAUCCUCGGCUCCAUCUUCUGGGUUGUUACCAACCUCAGCAGCUAAACUAACACCACAGCAAGCAGCUCAGAAUAAACGACCAAGCAGAACGCCUAUUAUUAUAAUCCCAAGUGCCAAUACAUCUUUGAUCACUAUGUACAAUGCAAAAGACAUUCUCCAGGAUCUCAAGUACUUUAGUAACGAGGAGAAGCGAGCCCAAGGUUGCAAGAAAGAGAACGAAGUCCUUCUACAACGACGUAAAGACGGCGGACUUACAGUACCCUAUCGUGUCGUUGAUAAUCCACAAAAAUUAACAAAUGCUGAUUGGGAACGAGUGGUUGCAGUAUUUGUUAUGGGUCCUGCCUGGCAAUUCAAGGGAUGGCCUUUUGAUGGAAAUCCUGUUGAGAUCUUUUCAAAAAUUUCUGCUUUUCAUUUAAAAUACGAUGAAAUGAAAUUGGAUGGUAAUGUAGCCAGAUGGGCUGUCACAGUUAUCGAAUUGAGCAGAACAAAAAGGCACUUGGAUAGAGCAGCACUUAUGGUCUUUUGGGAACACUUAGAUAAGCACAUGAUCAAGAACAAGCCACAUCUUCGAUUUUAAUUGCAAAAUCAUUGCAAGUAGAAGAGUAACGGGAAUUUUUUUCGGACACAUGCAAAUUUCCGAUUUUUUUUUCUUUUUUCCCCCUUUAUACGCUGUACAUACCUUUAAAAGAGUAUAUCGUCAAUCCUGUACAUAUACCUAUUAAAAAAAAAACCAAAUACACAAACGUACCAUGUACGCCCAUAAGAGAAAGUAUUAAAAUUUUGUUUACUGUAACACAGAAA